AUGCGUUCAGACUUUGAUUUUCCUAUAGAAAAGCCAAAAUUAUUAAGACCCUCUGUUAAUGUUGUCCGUCAAAAAGAAUAUGCAGAGGAAAAAAGAAAAGCUCAAUGUAACCUUAUUGCUAAAAUGUUGACAAUGAGUGACACUGAAUUAAUGACACUAUCAACUCGUGAAAUUCUAGAAUAUUCACAUAAUUCUAAUCCAGUACAAGUCGGUGAUGAAGGAUCAGAAAGCGGCUCGGAUAAUGAACUUCCAAGAAAUCUACAAGAAAGUGAUUCUGAUAAUGAAGAAAGAUUGAUAUCACCAAGAAAGACACAAUUCCCAAGAAUAACCUCAGGCUCGGAAAGAAGUUCACAAGACUACACACCACAAAAACUUCCACAAAAAACUCCAAAAUCAACUCCACAACCAAGAACUCCACAACCAAACACCCCUAUCCAAAUCCAAAGGCCGGCUCUGCAAGCAUCAUUUAAAAAAGUUCAACAGCCAACAAAGAAGAAAACAAACAAACCAAACACUUCGGAACCUUCUUUCGGUAUUGGAAAACGGCAAGCCAAACCAACAGCUGCGCCAAAAUCUUUGAAACGCCCCUGA